GUGUGUAUGUAUGUAUUUAUAGAGUGUGCACAAGUGGGAGAGGGCAGAGAUAAAGAGAGACAGAAUCCCAAGCAGGCUCCACACCAUCAGUGCAGAACCUGAUGUGGGGCUGGAACUUAAGAACUGUGAGAUCGUGAACUGAACCCAGAUCAAGAAUUGGAUGCUAAACCGACAGAGCCACCUAGGUGCCCCCCCCCCCCACAGUUUCUAUUUCCAGAGGACUGAAGUCAGUACAUAGGAGAGCUUCAUAUAUUGCAUAUUAUACCUGAAGUAUAGAAAUUAAAACUGUGACCCCAUAAAAAUAUUCUUUGUGGGAUGAUAAUCUUCAUUGUUAUCUGUUAGUUUUAUACAUUAUGUGUAAACAAUAAUUUUCAAUUUGCAUUCUUUACCUUAUGGACUUAUUAAAAAUAUCAGAUUCUGUGUCUCCAUCUCUCUCUGCCCUAUCCCCACUCAUGCUCUGUCUUUCUCUGUCUUAAAAAUAAAAUAUUAAAAAAAUUUUCCAAAAGAGUAAAGUUGCACAUUAAAAUUUAUUUUCAAAAAUAAACAAUAAGCCUUCAAUUUUUACAAUUUAAUAAUAGAAAAAGUUCAAAAUCUUUUAUAAUACAGCAUUUAAAUGAUACAAAAUAAGCCCUCAUUCAGAGUUGUAGCUGCAAGUAGUAGUUAUUUUUUUAAUAGUGGCCAUGAUUUAAAUUUUUUAUUCUUUGAUGAUAAGAAUCCCUUGAUGAUAGUGUUUUCUGUUUAACAGAGUUGAUGACAGAGAAAUGGAGAUAAACAUGGAGGUGAGGAAUGAGACAACAAUCCAAGAAUUCAUUCUGGAAGGGUUUCCUGCCAUCCAGUACCUGGGCAACAUCUUCUUCCUGAUGCAUCUGCUGGCAUAUCUGGCCUCUAUCACAGGAAAUAUGGUGAUCAUCACUAUCACUUGGGCUGACCAUCGCCUCCAGACACCAAUGUAUAUUUUACUCAGCACUUUCUCCUUCUCUGAAUGCUGUCUUAUUACCACAGUUAUUCCUAAACUGCUGUCCAUCUUUCUUUCAGGAAGGCAAACAAUUUCCUUUACUUCUUGUCUCACACAAGCCUUUUCUUUUCUGUUUUUUGGGUCAAUAAUUUUUUUCCUGAUGGCUGUGAUGUCCUUGGAUCGAUACCUGGCCAUUUGCAAACCUCUGCACUACCCGGCCAUCAUGAACCUGAGGGUUAGUUUCCUUCUGGCUUUCUUCUGCAAUGCUUUGUCCUUCAUCUUGAUCACUGGUCUGGUGUUCGAGGUUUCUCAGUUAUCCUUCUGUGGCCCCAAUGUCAUCUCUCAUUUCUUUUGUGACCUCGGCUCCCUGAUUCAUCUCUCUUGUUCUGACACUGGGUCUGUUGAAAUAUAUGUCCUUUUCCUUGCUCUGCUUGUCAUUCUGAUAUCUCUCAUUUUAACCAUCAUUGCAUACAGCAAUAUAGUAGUCACAAUUGUGCGACUUCCAUCAGCCAAGGAGCGACAGAAAGCUUUCUCCACCUGCUCCUCUCACCUCAUCGUCCUCUCUCUGAUGUAUGGCAGCUAUGUCUUUAUAUACAUGAAGCCAAAGCAAACAAAUAGGCUGGACUCCAACAGGGAGGCUGCCCUUGUGAACACAGUGGUGACCCCACUGUUGAACCCUGUCAUCUAUACUCUGUGGAACAAGCAGGUCCACCAGGCUCUAAGGGAUGCUCUGUCCAGGGUGAGGUUGCAGAAACAGAGCUUUGGAGGCCCACAGCAAGCUCUCGAUUUCUUGGAAGAUAAUAGUUGCAAGAGGAGGAAGUCCUGCCUGCCAUGAGGUGACUCCUAUGUGUGACUGGCCUCAGGGACCGUGGUGGUUUGUGGACUUACUGGGGACAACUGGAACAGAAGCAGAAGCUCCUUCAGGCUGGGGGUGAGCACUUUGGUUUCACAAGCAGCACUUUAGGGGAUCUGGCCCACAGUGGGUUAGUGAGAGUGACACAUUCCACACUCCCAGUGGUUAGCCUAUUUUUGAGAUACUACAGCCAAACACCAUCUUGAGAAAAGUCAUUGAUUGAGAGGACUGAAGAGAGAAGAAUGUUCACUGAGUUUCAUGGAAGAGUCAGUGUAUGUGUGCCAGGUUCCCAGAAUAUCCUCUUAAGUAGGUUAAUCCUGUGACCUACUGUCAGUCCCACCACCCUCACAGGCCAGCAUGAACCCAAGGGGUGGGUGGUCAAUUCUGGACUUACAGUUCAUGUCCUGUUGUUGAGCAGCACCCAAUGUCUCUGGUCUCCAGUUUCUUCUAUAAAAUUCUUGAGCUAAAGUAGAUGCUCUCUAAGCCCUGUGUCAUUCCACAGGCCAGUAACUCAUCAGUGAUUAUAACUAAGGGUAGAAACAAGUAAGCUAUGAAGCUAAUCUUUCACUUAAGGUUGAGAAAUCAUCAACAAUAAAUUUACUCCCAUUUUAAAAUGUUUUGUCACCGCAUUUGGAAACAGCAGGUACUCUGGAGUCGGGUAUCCUGGCUAAAGUCCCAGCUAUGUGACCCAAGUUCUCUGGCACUCUCUAAACCUCAGUUUCUGCUUCUAUAAAAUAAGGGGUUCAUGGUGUUUGGGAAGAGUCAUAGAAAUACUGAAUUUCAAUGACCCAACACAGAACAAGCAUAGAUCCUCAACAGAUGAUGAUGACAGCUUGGACAACAGAAUGUGUUGCAUUAUUAAAAGGGAUAUUCAAAGGGAAUAUUACUAACAUUACUCUUAUGUUUACUUACAAACUGAUAAUAUCAUUAAAAACAAUAAAAUAUAGAACUACAAAAAUGUCAAUAACCCUGCCUACGGCUGAUAUUAUAUUUAAGCAUUAUAUUAAAGAUCAUAGCAUUACAGUUAGACUUGAGGAGCAACAGGAAACAUUAGCAUCAUAUGUCAAGUGAGUUACACGCUUUAAUUCUCACAAGAACAUAAACAGGUAGAUCUUAUCAGUUUCAUUUUGCUGAGGGUGAAAAUGAAGUUCACAAGGUUAGCUAACUUUCCAAAGAUGACCCAUCUCAGGGGUUAGAACACACUGUUGAACUAGUAUUGAAUUCAGGUCCAUCUGAUUCAAGAACCAAUUGACUAAACUACUUAGCCAUCAGUCUAGCCACCUUCUUGGAUUGGCAAAUACCUUAAGCAUGCUCCUCUAAAAGCUUGUGGUUGCUGAUUU